UGCUGGGUCCCUCCCUACUCACUUAAAUGACUAACUCCACCCCAAAAAAGAACUUUUGCCGAAAUUGCUGGAGGAGAGGCAGAUCCUGCCCCUGAAACCAUGGGGCCUGUCAGCUACUCAUCAGAGACCUAUGACCUGAGCCAGGCGGAGCUGAGUGGUUACUACGAGGCUGAGAACACAACCCCUUCUUUGGAGGGCUACUUUUGCUUCAAUCCGGCCUCAUCUGUGGUUGGCAACCAGAGAGACCCCUUCAGAAAGGUCUUCAUGCCCCUCAUCUAUCUGCUUAUGUUUGUGCUGGGAACUGUGGGCAAUGCGCUGGUCCUGGUCAUUUUAGAGAGGUUCAAGCGGUCUCGCACAACCACGGAAAACUUCCUCUUCCACCUCACCCUGGCCAACCUGGCACUGCUGCUCACCUUCCCCUUCAGUGUGGUUGAGAGCUUGGCUGGAUGGGUAUUUGGGACUUUCCUCUGCAAGAUCCUCAGUGCUGUCCACAAGAUUAAUUUCUACUGCAGUAGCAUGCUACUGGGGUGCAUUGCUGUAGACCGCUACCUGGCCAUUGUUUACGCAAUCCACACCUACCGCAAACGCAGAGCUCGCUCCAUCCACCUCACAUGCAUGGCGGUCUGGCUCUGUUCCUUGCUCUUGACCUUACCCGAUCUCAUCUUCAUGGAAGUCUGGACAGAUGAGAGCAACCGCAGCAUUUGCUAUUUUCCAGAGAUUGGGAUUCAUGGCAACAACGCGUGGCUGGCAACCCGUUUCCUGUACCACACUGUGGGUUUCUUUGUGCCCCUUCUGGUCAUGUGUUACUGCUACAUGGCCAUUGUCCGGACUCUAUGUCAGUCCCAACGCCUGCAGAGGCAAAAAGCUGUCCGCGUAGCCAUCCUGGUCACAGGUGUGUUCCUGCUCUGCUGGAGCCCGUACCACAUUGUCAUCUUUCUGAACACACUUACCAAGCUAGAAGCCUUCACCAAGAACUGCCUCCUGGAAGACCAGCUGGACACAGCCAUCAUGGUGACAGAGGCCAUCGGCUUCACACACUGUUGCCUCAACCCCAUCCUCUAUGCCUUCAUUGGGGUCAAGUUCCGUAAUGACUUCUUCCGUAUCCUGCAGGAGCUUGGCUGUAUAAGCCAGGAGACCCUACAGGAGAUCCUGGAGGUGACCAGGAAGGGCAGUGGAAUCGAGUCUGACAACACCACCUCAAUCUCCACUUUCUAACUCAGAAAGGCUACUGCAGGGCAGAAAUGACCUGUGGCGUGCCUGUUCAGUGGCACACAUGCUGUGGCCUCAGUACUAAGUUUCACAAGUGUCCCCACCACUCUCUUUACUACUCAGGAAACUGAGAUCUAAUAGCCACCUAACACCCAAAUCCCCCCCCAGAUACCUUCCCUGGAUCCUUCCGGUUCACAUACAUUCAGAAAUCUGUCUGGCAGUGUUGGCAAAUGCCUGAUGGUCACACUGACAGGGCUGGAUGAACGCAGGCAGGUUGAACCUGAUAUCACCACAUCUCUCUCAAAAAAAAAAAUUGACUGCAGGUGUCCUUUGCACAGAGCCAGACACAGGUCUGGGUUGCCAAGGGGUAGGAAAAAAAAAAAGCACAGCCAAGUAAAGGUGGAGUCAUGUCAGUGAGCAAGCACUGAGGACAAAGAUGAAACAAGUUCCCAUUUCACCUGCUCACGUCACUAGACAUGCCCAAAGGAAGCAGUGGGACUCAAUUACCAUGGCAGAUAGAGUGAGAGAUG